AUGGUUUCAAUUAUCAAAGAAGAAGAAUUUAUUGUUAAUGAAAGUGAAAUGAAUUCAACAUGUUGUAUUAUGAGGAUUGAUAUGGUUCUUAACCAACAACAAACAUUAAUUCAAUUAACUAAAACAACUAAUCAACCAAAAUUUACUAUUGAAAUGUCAUCCGGUGGUAAUAAUCAAAGUACAUCAUUAUCUACAUCAUUAUAUAAUGAAGAAGAAGUUAACACUAAUACUAAUAUAGCAGGUUCAGCAACAGUAAUAGCAGCAGCAUCAGGUGCUGCGACAACAACAACACCAUCUGAACUUAAAGCGAAAAAUAAUCCUGAUGGUGGAAUAUGGAUAACAACAUUACAGGGUGUUUUUUAUUUUAAACUUAAUACACUUCAUAUGCAUUUAUAA